CUUAACAGUCGAUUAAGUCAAUCACUGCUUAGCGCGCUAACAAGAAACAGCAGCUUGGAUGCGACUGCAACCGGCGGCUUUAAGCAACAGACCGCGGAAACGGUGCGCGAGGUUAAGCAUCAUGAUAAUUUGGCCGCAGAUUGGUGGAAUAAGAAUGGUCCAAUGGCAGCGCUGCAUGCCAUGAACGAAAUCAGGGUACCAUUAAUACGCGAUGGAAUUGUGGCGCGCGGCAAUGUGAAGUCACAUUACAUAAACACAACAAAAGUCUUAAGUGGACAACGUAUCUUGGAUGUUGGCUGUGGUGCCGGUCUGCUGACCGAGCAGUUGGCUCGCUUGGGCGCUCACGUAACCGGCAUAGAUCUCGGCGAAGAGCUGAUUAAGGCUGCACGCGCACAUUUGGCUAAUUGCAGCCCCGAGCUCUGCGAUAGAGUCGAGUAUAAAAUGGAACCAAUUGAUCAGCAUGCCAAAGGAAAUUGCGAGCGCUAUGAUGUGCUGAUACUUUCUGAAGUCCUGGAGCAUGUAGACGAUAAGGUGGCGUUGCUGAGCUCUUGCGUACAGACGCUCAAGCCGGGCGGCUCCAUUUUCAUAACCACCAUGAAUAAAACCUUGCCCAUGUGGCUCGGCGGCGUUGUGCUGGGCGAGUAUGUGCUGAAUAUAGCUCCAAAGGGAACACAUCAUUGGGACAAAAUGAUUGGGCCACUAGACGUGCAGCGCAUAUUGGACACAAUGAAUUGUCAGACCGUUCUCGUCAAUGGCAGCACAUACGAUUUUUGGCGCAACACUUGGCGCUGGAUAAACUCCACACAAUUGUGUUAUGCGCUGCAGGCCGUUAAGCAAGUGCCAACCGAAAGCAGCUGAGCAAAUUUAUUGUACGAUAUAUAUUUAAAAUCUAAGCACCUAUGUCAUAUCUUAUAAAGAAUAUGAUAGUCUAUGAA